UGCCGUAUUUGAGGGAGAGAGAGGAGGAGUAGCCCCCCUGCAGUAUUACCUUCUACGACGGUUUCUUGAAUUUUUUCCUUUCUUUUCUGAUCAUUGCACUUAGCUAUUGCUCCAGACUGGUGAAAAUAUUUUAUGUGUUAAGAUGAGUGGUGUAGUAUUUCAGGGUUGCAGGGGUCGAAGACCCGUCCCCCCCCCCUGUCUCCAGCGUCCUAGAGCUGCCCAGUCAGCAUGAAAGGGGAGCUUUUUAGCCACUGAAUAAUGCCCCAAAGUAUCAUCAUUGUUAUUAUUAUUAAGGACACUGACAACACAAGGUGUUAAACAGGGAUUUUGUUCUGAGGGUCUCAUAUUCAAAUGCACACCGCCACACACUAGCUAUGCCACAACUCCUUCUACUUAUCUAUCUUGAUAAUAAACAUGUGGUAACAUAAGUUGCUUUGUCAUUAAAUAUCAUAUGGCCAUUAGGAAACUAUUACAAAUGUAUUUGGAAAGAGCAGGAAGUGGCAUAAUUUGUCUAGAAACCAUUGGCUACAUUUGCUUCCAGUGCCUUUUGAAUACAGGUUGACCCAGGACCACUAACAGAUGGGUAAAAGGAGUAGGAUUUGGGGGACCCAAGACCAGCAGAAACCCCCUCCUGAUUUUUCACUUUCAUUUUUUAUAAAAAAGUAAAUCACUUGGCCAUUUCUGAAGAAAGGGCACAAAACAUGGAGGUAGCUUCAGUGCUUUGGCACUCCGCAGGCAGCACCAUUGUUAAGGACUGUCCCUAAGCAAUCAGACGAAUGAAUGUUGACCUCCUCCCCACUUGGGACUUGGGAGAAGCCCCUCAGAGCAGCAGGGGGAAAAACAGGAAAAGCUGGAUUGAGGAUAUUGGAGUAUGUUUGUCAAAGUGCUUUUGCUAUUUCACAUUAUUUCACCCCCCAGGCAUGUGCCUUUACAGAAUAAAAUAUAAUCAGUUCGUUUUGGUAUGUUUUAUUCAGAAUUAAAUGAGGUUUUAUUCCUGCUGAGAAUAAUUGAUAUGAACGCAGUCCCACCCCACUCUGAUUUUUCAUCUCCCCCUGCUUACAACCACUACCGGUCUGCUUCUCAUUACUGGGCUGUUGUUUAUUUACCCUAGCAUUUGGCAUCUGAGAUGUGUGUGUGUUUCAAGUUACCAACCUUUUCCUGUGACUAUUUGUUUGACCUGUGUUUAACACUGAAUUUUAAAUUGUUGUAACCCACCCUGGGAGCUGUUGAUGAAGGGCAGUGAUUUACCAGAAUGGCACCUGGGAAGCAGUCAAGGGACAAGAAACUACAAAAGUCUCCUGAGUGUCCAUCAGAAAAAGAGGCAAAAACAACUGGGAAAAGGAAGCGAGACACCAGAGAGCUGGAAAAUGUGCCAUAUGCAAAUAAAUUACUUGUGAAAAAAGCCCCCAAGAUUCUGGAGAAAAUGGGAGAAGCUUUCCAUGGAUCCAUGGUCAGAAAAACAGGAGUGUUCUUCCAUCAGCGAGAGACACAGAAGAACAUUGUCCAUUAUCUACAUCAGAAUAUGCUGGGUGGUGCUAUUGGGACACAGCUCAGAAAGUGUCUUCAGGUGCCCUUUGUACGUUCCCUCUAUUCGUACCGCCUGUUCCGCACAGCAAGUCCCUUUGACAGGAGGGUUACAUGCUUGGAAUGGCACCCAACGCACCCCAGCACAGUUGCUGUGGGCUCCAAAGGUGGAGACAUCAUCCUUUGGGACUAUGAAAUGCUUAAUAAAAGCUGCUUCAUAAAAGGGAAAGGCCCAGGAAACUCUCUUGGAGGCAUGAAAUUCAGCCCAUUUGAGUCGGCAAAUCUUUAUGUGGCUUCAGGGGAUGGCACCCUUAGUCUACAGCACCUUGAGGGCCGACCAGCGCAAGUGAUCUCCCGCACCCCAGUCUGUGACCAUGAAUUCCAUGAUGUUUGUUUCUGGUACUGCAGUGUUGAUGUAUCUGCAACUUGCCGGACGGUGGCGACAGGUGAUAAUGUGGGCAACGUAGUUCUGCUCAGUACUGAGGGUGAAAAGGUAUGGAACCUGAAACUGCACAAAAAGAAAGUAACUCACGUGGAAUUCAAUUCUCACUGUGAUUGGCUCUUAGCUACAGCCUCUGUGGAUCAGACAGUAAAGAUCUGGGAUCUGAGAAACAUUAAGGACAAGUCAAGUUCUCUUCAUGUACUUCCACAUGAUAAACCUGUUAAUGCAGCAUAUUUCAGCCCAACGGAUGGGGCUAAGCUACUGAGUACUGACCAGUACAAUGAAAUCCGGGUCUAUUCCUCUUCUGAUUGGUCCAAGCCCCAGCAUCUGAUUUCACAUCCCCAUCGGCAGUUCCAGCACCUUACACCUAUCAAGGCAACAUGGCAUCCUCGCUAUGACCUCAUUGUGGUGGGUCGUUACCCAGACCCUAGGUUCCCAAGCUACACAGUGGGCGAGUUGAGAACCAUUGACAUAUUUGAUGGAAACAGUGGGGAGAUGGUGUGCCAGCUGCACGAUCCAAAUGCAUCUGGAAUUAUCUCGCUCAAUAAGUUUAACCCUAUGGGAGACACCCUGGCUUCUGGAAUGGGUUUUAAUAUUCUGGUCUGGAGUCGGGAGGAAAUGGUAACCCAGAAUCAGGAGUGUCUCAUGCAGUCCAUGACAGAGCAGGGAAUAAGAUGCAGACGCUUAUCUCGACUGGGGACACAGAACCAAAGACAAUCAACCACAGGAGCAAGCAAACUUAAAACUAAACUAUUUAGUCUUGAAUUAGAGAGCACCAAAACAAAGGGCAAAGAGCAUAAAUUACAAGAGAAGAAGAAGAGAGGAAACUAUUCAGAGGACUGAUCAGGCAAGCAUAUGUGGUGUUCAUUUAGAGCAAAGCCUGUGCUGGCAUGGUAGGCAAUGGUGGCUUCAAGACAGAAGCAAGCCCUUACCCUAACCCAGCUUCUCUGGAUCACGGAUGGUAUGUUUCAAAAUCCUUUAUUAAGAGCAAAGAAUGUGUCCAUGCUCAAUACUCACAUGCAUUUGGCCCAAUUAAAGGAGCACCAUAUUUGUGCACACUUGCGGAUUUUUAACUGUCUGGGACAUGGCACAGCGCAGUGAACUGGGCUAUGCUGACAGUUCAGUUUGCAUUUUCAGAACACCCUAUUUCCCCUUCCAGUGUAUUGAGCAACCUGGGUUUGUCUUCCCAUGCCAGUUCAAAAUGUGAGAAUUUCCCUUCUCAAGGGUUCUUUCCCAGCACUGCUUCCUCAAAACAGAUAUGUUGUGAGGCAACUGUUUAGCUAGAAGCAUUUACUUGAUUGAUAAACUGCUUGUGGCCUAGGUAUAGAAGUACAGACUUCUUGAAGAGGCUGUUUGAGACUAAGGCAGGUGGCUUGGGUUUUAUAUUGCAGCAGUUGCUAUUGGGAUUUUGUUUUGUUCACCUCAUUUACAAAAUUGAGAUACAUUCAAUAAAGUUUUGUAUGGAA